AUGUAGCAUUCAUGGAGGAACUGCAUAGGAUUGUUGGAGCGGGCAAAUCAGUCUCCUUUAAAGCCCAGCAAUACCAAUCAACUAACACAAUUCCACACAGCCCAAUUCAUGCCAUGGAGUUUCUCUGUCGCUCGUGGAGUUCGUCUGCCCAUAACUUUCAACAGAUGUUUACAUCAACCGACGUGUCUCCUUCACAUGACCGGAGUUCAGCGAAACAAGACGGACAGCCGGACGAUAAGUUUAGCUCAGGGGAACCUGAAGAUCGGAAACUGGCGACAGAAGAAGUUAUAAAUGAGUUUCCACUUCAGAGGAGAACCAAUAUGUUCAGCAGGGGAUCAUGGUGGGGACGCAAAUCCUUAACCAGCUUACUUAGACAGCACAGACUGAAGAAGAAAGAAGAUAUCCGGCUUCACACAGCUAGCGUUCACGCAGCGCUCUCUGUCACGCGCUUGGCUGCUGCGAUUGCCAGCGUUGCAGCUGCCAAGAACGGCAUAGAAUCAGUAGAAGUCGGUGAUGAUGGCAAUCCCAUCAUCAUAGGCAACGUUGUUGCUUCUGCGGCAGCUCUGGUUACUGCAGUAUGUGCCGAAGCUGCAGAGUCGUUGGGUGCGCACACCACUCAUGUUUCUUCUGCCAUCAACUCAGGCUUGGCUAUCCAGACCACCGGCGACAUGAUCACACUCACAGCCGCUGCUGCAACAAGUUUAAGAGGAGCUGCAGCACUCAAAGCAAGAGCUAUCCCGGAUGCCUACUUUCCAAAAAACCGAAAUUUGCUGGAAGUAAAGGCCGAACUAUCAGUUGUCACUCCUUCUGCAGGAAGCAGAAGAUACGGGUGGGCGUCCGUAUACUCGAAGCACAGUCAGCUCAUUCUGAGCAUCCAAAAGAAGCAUCUGGGAUUCUUAGCAACAAGAAAGGAGUAUAAGAUUUUGCGUGUGAUGGAGGGAUACAAGGAAGCUCAGGGUCACGGCAACUUUUCGAUCUGCCUAAGGAGCAACAAUGGAGAUAUCAAGCUCUUGUUUAAAGAUGAAAACCAAACUUUGGUCUGGACAUCAAGCAUUUCUAAUCUCUUACAGAUGCAUAGUUGAUGUUUAGCAAACCUGAAACGGUUACAGUUUCUAAUAUUCAAACUCAUCGCUUAACGAC